CGGACAGCAGACUGCCAUGAUAAAGACGCACGAAGUAGAAGAUUUUUUCGCUCUCCUGAGUCUAACCUCGAAUGAAUAGGUGUUUCUUCCAUUUGAAUAGUAUCCAUUAUGUGAAGAUCCGAAGGCGAAGGAGGAGGUCUGGAUAAUUUCCAUACGAUCUAGAAUAUCAUGCUCUGCUACUAAUCCACUAGGUGAUCCGCCAAUCUCGGUAUUCGGAAACAAGAAAAUCCAGAUCUGAGUUGAUGUCUGAUACAUAUGCCAACGAAGCUCUGGCUACUAGGAUGCAAUUGAAAAAGCAAAGAUCAUACCACUUUGACACGACUUUACAAUCACACGACCCCUCCUGCUCCUCUGCCUCCAUUCAUAUCGGUUGUGUAAUAACUUUUCUAAUUUUUACCAGUUUUGGUAAACAGAGAAAUUGUCCGUCUCACUCUCGAAGUAAGAAACCGCGUUACAAAAUGUAUAGCCGCGUAACGGUUUCUGAUAGAAAAUAG